AUGUUCAGCACCCUGCUGCAACCGGGUACGACGAUCACUCUGCCAGAAGUGCAGAUGGACGGCUACUUGCAACGGGCCUUUGCUGUGGCGGUCAAGGUCGCCACUAUCAGCAUUGGGAUUACCGUCUCUUCCAGCAGCGAGUUGAAGUAUGAGCGAACAGCGCUCGUGGAAGAAGGGGUCACCCCAUGGCUUGACCGAGACCACAAGUAUCUGGACGUGCCGGCCUACUUGAAGGGGGGUAUUCUCUAUCAGGGCCCCUUCAAGGACGUCCCGGGCGACACAAUCCUGGCAGUAAAGACAAAUGCCUCCGCCCGGGUAUAUGUCAUCACUGAGAGACGCUCCGGCCAGAAAGGUCAUCCGAGCUGGGUGGAACAGUUGGAAGCAGCUGGAUGGAAUGCAGAGGAGCCGGCGCCCCGCUGGCACGACAUGGCCACCAUGAGAUGCUUGGGAAGGAUGUGCCCUGCUGGCUGGACUUUGACUCUGCCGCCUUGUCACGCCCCCCCAGGUGAGGGGCCGGUCUUCAGCCUCGUCGUAGUCCCGUGUGCCGGCCAGCUGUCUGCGCCACUGGAAGCCAACUGUGUCUACUUUGACGGAGAGAACGCCGCUGCUUCGUCGGCCGUGGUCUUCGGAGCUCCGGAGGCUGCAUCGCCGGACAGAGGUGCGCUGCUGGAGGUUCCACUUUGGAUGCGCUCACCAGAAGCUACAUUGGUCUGGGCCGAGACCGACAUGAGCAAAGCUCGCCGAUUCACGCUCCGUGCAGCCGCUCCAUCGGUCAUUUAUGCCUUGCUCCCGAAGUCUGCAAGCAUCAGUUCUGCAUGGGCCGAUGACGGCUGGGAGCCGCGGGAUGAAGCCCCACAGUACGUUCAGGGCGAGGAGAAGCCGCAGCCCAUGCUGGUCCUUGCCAAGAGGGGCCAGGCUCGGCAGCUGGUCUGCGCACCUCCCACAGCCGACAGAUCGGCAGGCGGAGAGGUGCGUGCACUAGUCGUCAAAGUGGAUGUCGAAGCUUUCGAUGCGCGCGCAGAAUGCAGCAACGGCCUUGAGCUUGUUGGCACCCCU